AUGGGGCAGCAGGUGGGCCGCGUCGGGGAGCCGGGCGCGGGGCUCCAGCACCAGCCGCCGCCGCAGCAGCAGCAGCAGCCGCGGGGUCUGCGGGGGAGCAGCGCGGCCAGGCCGGCGGGCCGCCGGCGGGAGGCGGCCGGGCGCUCCGCAGAGGGAGGAUUCAAUGUCUUCACCCAGCACGAGGCCCUGCACCGCCCCUACGGCUGCGACGUCGAGCCCCAGGCACUGAACGAAGCCAUCAGGUGGAGCUCCAAGGAGAACCUGCUUGGAGCCACUGAGAGCGACCCCAAUCUCUUUGUUGCACUUUACGAUUUUGUAGCAAGUGGUGACAACACACUCAGCAUCACCAAAGGUGAGAAGUUGCGAGUCCUGGGUUACAACCAGAAUGGUGAAUGGAGUGAGGUACGUUCAAAGAACGGGCAGGGCUGGGUUCCAAGCAACUACAUCACACCAGUGAACAGCCUGGAGAAGCACUCGUGGUACCACGGGCCCGUGUCCCGCAGCGCCGCCGAGUACCUGCUCAGCAGCCUCAUCAAUGGCAGCUUCCUGGUGCGGGAGAGCGAGAGCAGCCCGGGCCAGCUGUCCAUCUCGCUCAGGUACGAGGGACGUGUGUACCACUACAGGAUCAACACCACCUCAGAUGGCAAGGUCUAUGUGACAGCAGAAAGCCGUUUCAGCACGCUGGCAGAGCUGGUGCACCAUCACUCCACGGUGGCAGAUGGCCUGGUGACAACCCUGCAUUACCCAGCCCCCAAGUGCAAUAAGCCCACGGUGUACGGGGUGUCCCCCAUCCAUGACAAGUGGGAGAUGGAGCGCACCGACAUCACCAUGAAGCACAAGCUCGGGGGAGGGCAGUAUGGAGAGGUCUACGUGGGGGUCUGGAAGAAAUACAAUCUCACAGUGGCUGUGAAAACGUUAAAGGAAGAUACCAUGGAGGUGGAAGAGUUCUUGAAGGAAGCUGCUGUGAUGAAGGAGAUCAAGCACCCAAAUCUAGUACAGUUGUUAGGUGUGUGCACCCUGGAGCCCCCGUUUUACAUCGUGACAGAGUACAUGCCCUACGGGAACCUGCUGGACUACCUGCGCGAGUGCAACCGCGAGGAGGUCAGCGCUGUCGUGCUGCUCUACAUGGCCACCCAGAUCUCCUCUGCCAUGGAGUACCUGGAGAAGAAGAACUUCAUCCACAGGGACCUGGCAGCACGGAACUGCUUGGUUGGAGAAAACCACGUGGUGAAGGUGGCUGACUUUGGCCUAAGCCGACUGAUGACUGGUGAUACCUACACAGCCCAUGCUGGGGCCAAGUUCCCAAUCAAAUGGACAGCUCCUGAGAGCCUGGCUUACAACACCUUUUCAAUCAAAUCAGAUGUGUGGGCCUUUGGGGUGCUGUUAUGGGAAAUUGCUACCUAUGGGAUGUCACCAUACCCAGGCAUUGACCUCUCUCAGGUGUAUGAUCUGCUGGAAAAGGGCUAUCGGAUGGAGCAGCCAGAGGGGUGCCCUCCCAAGGUGUAUGAGCUGAUGAGGGCAUGCUGGAAGUGGAACCCACCAGACCGACCUUCCUUUGCUGAGACCCACCAGGCUUUUGAAACCAUGUUCCACGACUCGAGCAUCUCAGAGGAGGUAGCAGAGGAGCUUGGAAGAACAGCCUCAUCCUCAUCCAUAGUUCCUUACCUGCCCCGCUUACCCAUGCUCCCCUCCAAGACAAGGACCCUGAAGAAGCAGGCAGAGAACAAGGAGAACAUUGAGGGAGCACAGGACACUGUGGAGCACUCAGCAUCCAGCUCAGCACCAGGUUUCAUCAGAAGCACACAGCCAGCAGGCGGGUCCCCCGCGCUGCCCCGCAAGCAGAGGGACAAGUCCCCCAGCAGCCUCCUGGAGGAUGCCAAAGAGACCACGUUCACCAGGGACAGGAAAGGGGGCUUCUUCAGCUCCUUCAUGAAGAAAAGGAAUGCUCCCACGCCUCCCAAGCGCAGCAGCUCCUUCCGGGAGAUGGAGAACCAGCCCCACAAGAAAUACGAGCUGACGGGUAACUUUUCCUCUGUGGCCUCCUUGCAGCACGUGGACGGGUUCUCCUUUGCUCCAGCACAGCAGGACACGAGCCUGGCUCCCCCCAAGUGCUACGGAGGGGGCUUUGUGCAGAGGACCUUCUACAGCGAGGAGGGCACUGGGCCCAGCAGUGCUGGGGCUGUGAGCACUGGUGGAGGGUGGUCGGGCAUCACUGGCUUCUUCACGCCACGCUUGAUUAAAAAGACGCUGGGUUUGCGAGCAGGAAAACCCACUGGCAAUGAAGAAGCUUCAAAGCCUUUUCCAAGGUCAAACUCUACAUCUUCCAUGUCCUCAGGGCUUCCAGAGCAGGAUAGGAUGGCAAUGACCCUUCCCAGAAAUUCCCAGAGGUCAAAAAUUCAGCUGGAACGGACUGUGUCCACCUCCUCCCAGCCCGAUGAGAGCACAGAGAGGGCCAGUGACCUGAUUGCCAAAAGGUUUGAAGAAGGCCCUUCUUUGACCAGAGAGAGACCAAAAGCAAAACUCUUGCCAAGGGGUGCCACAGCGCUCCCUUUUCGAACUCCCUCCGCGUCGGAAGAAAAGGAGGGUCCGGGGCUGGUGGCAGCUCCUAAGGGCAAGGAAAAAAACAGCGGCCCACGACAAGGGGCCCUUGAGGAUGGCGAGAGGCCGGGGUGGUCAUCUCCGGUAAAGGCUGCAGCAAUACUUCCAACCACUCAUAACCACAAAGUGCCAGUCCUAAUCUCACCCACUCUAAAACACACUCCAGCAGACGUGCAGCUCAUUGGCACAGACUCUCAGGGUAAUAAAUUUAAGCUCUUAUCUGAGCAUCAGGUCACUUCUUCCGGCGACAGGGACCGGCCCAGACGGGUAAAACCAAAGUGUGCUCCACCUCCACCACCGGUGACGCGGCUCCUCCAGCAGCCGGCUGCCUGCUCGGACGCAGCAGAAGAGCUGAGCGGCGCGGCGGGAGCGCAGCACGGACUGGAACCCAGCGAAGGGAGUAAGAAGGCAGCAGCAGCAGCAGCACCUGUCGGUGGAAAAUCCGGGAGGCCCGUGAUGCCUCCGCCCCAAGUGCCUCUGUCAACGUCUUCCACCUCCCCAGUGAAAAUGGCCAACGGCACGGCCGGCGCCAAGGUAGCGCUGAGAAAGACCAAGCAGGCGGCCGAGAAAAUCCCCGCGGACAAGAUCAGCAAGGAGGCGCUGCUGGAGUGCGCCGAUCUCCUGUCCAGCGCCAUCGCCGAGCCCACGCCCAACAGCCAGCUGGUGGACACGGGGCACCAGCUGCUGGAUUACUGCUCAGGCUACGUGGACUGCAUCCCCCACACGCGCAACAAAUUCGCCUUCCGGGAAGCCGUGAGCAAACUGGAACUCAGCCUGCAGGAGCUGCAGGUGUCCUCGACGGCCGCCGGCGUCCACGGGGCGAACCCCGUCCUUAAUAACUUAUUGUCAUGUGUCCAAGAAAUCAGUGAUGUGGUGCAAAGGUAGCUACUGUCAGUCUGGGUAAGAGAAACACACACGGGGAGGGCGGGACUGUUUUUCUGUACUGAUGCUUUCAAAAGGAAAGACUGAUACUUGAGUAUGUGAAGUACCUCAGAUCACUGAGUUCUCCUCACGUUUACAGGUUCAUCUCAAAAAAUUGGGGAUGGAGAGGGUAGAUUAAAGCUGUAAGGGGCAGAACAUCAAGGAUCUGUCCCUACCUAGUCAGGCUGAUCAGCUUGGUAUGGCAAGGGAAAGAAAGUUCCCUCUCCUCCCCUGGAGAGGCAGGAGAACCCACGGCAGGUUCUCCCUCUGGGCAGGUUGGUGGUGACAGCCAGAGCCCUGGGCUGGCUGCAGCUGCCUGGCUGCACAGAUCCCACCCUGGCUGCUCUCACCUGUGCUCUGCUGUCCUGUCAAGGCCAAGGAAAGGCACUGGGGCUCUGCUGGUACCAAGGGCAGAGCAGCUCCAGAGGGGGUCAUGUACAGCUGGGGGAAAGGUCUAAUGCACUGACAGUAUUCAGAGCUGCUGGAGGUGGAUGCACUGGUCUGGAUGGCUUAACUUCCACAGCACUGUUGCUGCUGUAGUGAGAACUGCAAGAUUAGUUAAUAUAUGAAACUGUCCCUUUUCCCUCCUGUCCACCUCAUCCACCACGUUCUCAUUGUCAUUGUAUUGGAAGAGUCAGGGAUGCUGGGCAGACUUACCACUGGAAUUCCCCUUCCCACCACACAGCCUUCACUCAGCUGAUACCUAUUUCUAGUGGUCUAGCACAGGUGCUGCUUGAUGGUCAUUUUUGAGUAGUUUGGGGCUCUUGCACAACUUGCCAGUGUUGUUGUUGGGGUGGGUGGGUUGUUCCUUUUCUGAAGCUCUAGAUUGUUUUUAACUUGUUACCACAUUUACCCCCAGUUCAGUGUGAUCACCAUGAGGACCCAUGGUAGGUAAGGCAGAGCCUCUGCCCCCCUGGCUGUUCUCCACAUUCCUUUAGCAGUCACAGCACUGCAGGGCCAGCUGGAGAACCACAAAGUACAGCCCAGCCUGCCCACCAUGUGUCCUUCCUGCUGCAGGAUUCCCUGCACCUGUCCCUUACCCUUCACACUGCCAGGUUCCUGGGAUUUGUUCUGGUGUUUGCUGUCUCACAAGCUUCUCUGCAUCCCAAGGUGAUAAAGUAUGGCAGCACACAGGAAACACCACAGGUAUCUCCAUGGAUUUGUUCCCUUAUUUUAAAGGCUAGACCAGAAUCCUACACUGUGGUGUAGGGAAUGUGCACAUAACCUGUGCACUGCUGUGCCUGAGGCAUGGCAACAAAAGCUGUGGCUCUGCCUUGAAGGGCUCCCAGUGGGUCUCUGAUGCCUUCUAACAACCCCAGAAUGAGAGCAGCUGAGUUGUUGGCAAUGUCAUCCUGGGUCCUGGUGCUGUUUGCAGACUGUUGUGGCCUCAAAAAGCUGCUCUGUGUCUAUGCACAGCUCCCCAAGGUGUGAAUGUACUGGCAAGUAGGAAGAGCUCAGCUGCUGGUUUGUGAGAGGAAGGGAAACAGGCCUGAAACCUGGCUCCAAAUACACCUUCCUGCAUGCUGCUGCUCACUGCACACUGCUGGUGAUAGAGGGUCUUGCUUGCUUUGCACCUUAAGCCUUUAUUUUUUUUUGUUAAAACGCUUUCUAAACUUGUUUUUGAAGUGUGGCUGUGCUGCUUUCAGUCUGAGCAUUUAGAGUGGAGCUGUGGCACGGGUGUGACUUUAGAGGAUGGGCA